UCCAAGUAUCAACUCAGAGCUCACUCUGCAAUUUUAAUGGAGGUAUACAGCCAAACCCCCUUCCCCAAUUCUAUGCAAGAAACCAUAAAUUCCCAAAAAUUUCCCUUCACAGAGUUUUCAUCAUCUUCUUUCAUUUCAGACUACCACAAUUUUCCGGUCAAUUUUCAACCUUUUUAUGGCGCCGGAAUCUGGAAUUCCGACCAUGUUCCCGCACCCCAAAUGCCUGAAGCUGUUAGUGGGGAUUCAGAGCUUAUGAUAGGGCCUGAAUCAGAGGCAUUACCUCUGGUUUUUUGUCCACCAUUUUCUGAUCAAUUCAAUGGUUUUGAAGAGGGCUUUGGAAACUCCAAAGUGAGCCUUUUUAUGCCGGAAAAUGGAUUGCCGGAAAAUGGGAUUGAGAUGAAUCGAAACUUUGCCGAAAUUUCAGAAUCAAGCUGUGGAUUUCGGCAAUGGGAAACCGCGAAUGCUUUCGGUGAGAUGGAUAGAGGGCGCAAAGUUGGGGUGGGAGAUUUACAGGAUUUUUCAGGCACUUCUACUGAAGAAUCUGGGUUGAAGGUGGGGCGUUACUCAGUGGAAGAGAAAAGAGAGAGAAUCCACAGAUAUCUCAAGAAGAGAAGCCAUAGGAACUUCACUAAGACAAUUAAGUAUGCGUGCCGGAAAACUCUUGCAGAUAGCCGGCCACGUGUUCGAGGAAGAUUUGCAAAGAACGAUGAUUUUCCUACUUACCAUACAAAAAAUACAGAAAACCAAGAAGAUGGCCUUGUUGCGAUUGCCAGGGAAGACGAAAAGAAGGAAGGGUUGCUAUAUGGGCCGGAGAGUCUUAUGUAUCUUCCCUUUUAUGCGUAAUGAAAGCAAAAACUUUGCAAAAACAACUCACAAGAACAAUAGAUUGAAGAAGGCCGUUAGGUUUGUUGCUGAGGCAUGCAUGUAAUAAAGGGUAGAAUAGACAUUUCGAUUUUCUCCACAGAUAAUCUUCUAAUGUAUCUAUCAAUUCUAUUGCUUCUCCUGUAAGAGAAGCAUGAAAGAAAUGAGAUAGCUCUUCUAUGGUUUGCUAGAA